UAUUCUGCAUCUUAGAAGUGAGGGAUACAGUAUUUGCACGGUGCUGUGUAACAUGGUAUAAUAGUAAUGGUAUAGUAAUGCAGGGUAAACUGACCCUAGAUCUUUGCCAGGGCUGUGUUCUCCUCAUAGAGCCACCUGCUGUACCAUGCAGUUAUAGUGACUUCCUGAAACAGACUUCUCACUUCCUCCCUGAGAGCUUAUAAAACUGAGGGUGCAUCUCAAUAGUUUACGAUGCCUCCUCUCACCCCCUUGUCUCCUUGUAUCUUCAGCUCCUUUCCUUCAUUUGCUCUUAUCAAAAAUGUCUGGACUAAUGAAAUCAAAUUUCCCAGGAGGCCGCCGCAAUAUUGCUUUCAUUUGUCCUGUGUUUUAAAAUAAGUGCAGAUGAAGAACAGGAGAGGAUUAGAGAAGAUAUUAGACAUCCAGUCUUGUGAGUGGAGAACAUCUGUAAAAAGUGUUCAUCUCCAAAUUCAGUGUGAGAGGGGGAUCCCCUACAACUGGUAAAUAUCACUCACCUGGUAUGUCACUAUGGUUGCAUUUAGAGAGGCAGACCAAUUCUGAUCUUUUUUCCCCAAAAUGGUCUUUUGACCAAUCACAUCAGCUCUGAAAAAUAACUGAUGUGGAAAUAUGUGAUGUGAUUGGUUAAAAAAAAAAAUGGUGUGAAAAAAUUAUCAGAAUUGGGUUGCCUGUGUGCACACAGCCAUUUUAGGAUUUGGCUCAGAUGUGUAGGCUACUUGUCGUGCUCUGUUGAACCCGCAGAGGACAUAGCAGAGGAACUGAGAUGAGGGUUGGUCUUGUCAAAUGUCAACUGACACACAUCUCAACCAAAACAGACUUGCACGCUUUCAGCCAAACCACUGACACACACUGCAAUGGACUAAGAAGAUAUUCAGAAAUGUAGAGGAAAAAUAUCAAAUGAGUUGAUACUGAAAGACCCCAUGGACCUUCAGCUAUGAGACACAAAUGGAAUGCAGCUCACCACUGGUAGUGAACAACCCAGAGGUCCAAUGGCCUAUUCACCCCAUGGUUGGUGGUCUAUCCUCAUUGGCAUCACUUUGCUGUGUGCCAUAGGGUCUAGUAGAGCUGAUAAGCCAUGUACUGCAUCAUCCAGCAUUGGGGACCUGGUCCUUCUGGGCUCCAGCUUCCAGGUGUUCUGUACCUAUCAGGCCAGCUGCAGAGCUUCCAAAUCAAUGCACAUCGACAAGAAGAAAAUGCUCGAAAUACAGCCCUACAACUCUACAACUAUAUUCCUCAAUGUGACAAACAUAAGUAAAAACACAACGUACACCUGCCUGUGUGAAGGAGAACCUGAGCCUUGUGGACUCGAUAUUGAUACUGGAUACACACCUGACCUGCCAGAAAAUGUAACCUGUGUCCAGAAAGGUCCAUUUGGAGAGGUGAUGUGUACAUGGAGGAGAGGAAGGGAAACUCACCUGACAACCACUUCAGAGCUCUGGGUGAGAGCUGUGUUUGGUAACAGCACAGCAGGAUCUGUAUCCUACCCUGGUUCUGGUUCCAGGUCUGAUCCUGGUCUAGUCUCAGCUAAUUUCCCUGUGUCUGGUUCUGUCCAGACUGAAUACUCCGUAUGGGCCAGCUCCUCCAACAAGCUGGGCUCUGCUGUGUCCACCACCCUCAACUUCACACUCGACCACAUUGUGCAGCCCUUGCCCCCUGCUGUGUCCCAGGUAGAGUGCUGGUCGCUGGGCUGUAAUGUCAGGGUGGAGGGGGCUCAGGGAGCUCAGCUCCUGGAGGUCCAGCAGAGAACCGCCCAGGGACCAGGACCAUGGAUAUUACACCCACACACCGCAGGUUCAGUGUGGAACCAGUCCAUUGUAUCUCUGCAGCCCUACACGAAGUAUGAGUUCCAGGCCAGGGUCAGACUGAGCCAUAGGAGAGGCAUCUGGAGUGACUGGAGCCAACCUGUCUCUAACUGGACACAGGAGGAGGCACCUGCCAAGGCUCUGGAUGUGUGGUACACAACCUCCACCUCUCCCAACUCCAUCACUUUAUACUGGAAGAGGCUGAGUCACACAGAGGCCAGAGGGAAGAUCAGGGGUUACAAGGUGAUAGUUCACGACACCGUGGCAGGGAAAUCUGAGAGCAACACCUCCAUUAAUCAUAUUUCAGGCCUGUCCUGCUCUCGCUGUAAUGUCACUGUCUACGCCCUAAACUCCAGAGGUUCCUCACCCCCUGCCCGUGUCACCAUUCCUCUCAGAGCAGCCCAGCCCCCUCAGAAUGUGAUGUGUAGAAAUCACAGUAACCACAGCGUCACCAUCUCCUGGCGGAGGCCUGUAACUGCAGGAGCAGCCAGUGGGACAGGGGAUGGGGCAGUAAGUGGCUACCUGCUGGAAUGGUUCCCUGUUGGCAGACAGGUGGAGAAGCUCAGGUGGAAGAGACUGGGUCCUAAUGAAACCCAUACUGUCAUUAGAGAUAACAUUAAGCCGUUUGAGUGCUAUGAGGGAGCAGUUUAUGCUCUGUAUGAGCAGGCAGUGGGCAGGGCCCAGUUUGAAGACUUCUACACCUUGGAAUUAGUACCUUCCGCGGGUCCGUCUGUCCAUCAGCCGGUGGUGGAGGGGGACAAAGUGACCGUUUCCUGGUCAGAGGUCCCUCAGGAACACAGGUGGGGCUGUGUCAUCAACUACACCAUCUAUGUGAAAAACUCAGAGGGAAAAGACGUUGGAAACUACGUCUGCAGAGCAUCAGAGAGGUCCUUCACCAUCAGGGACCUUCCCCCUGAGUACUACCGUCUAUGGAUGACCGCAUCGACUGCCUCAGGACAGGGCCCCAGAGCCGGACACUCCUUCAUCAUCAAACCUCAAAGUUUGCUUUCAGACAGUUGGCUUUAUACCAUGGUCCUGGUAGGGAUCACCUCCUUCCUGGUGUUCUUUGUCCUGCUGUGCCUGUACCAGGUCUCCUCGAUAAGACGACGAGUCUCAACACUCGUCCACUGCCUCAUGCCAGAUAUCGUCCCUGAUCCUGCCAACAGCAAAUGGGCAAAGGAGUGUGCCAAAGAGAAGGGUGAGUUGACCCUACACCUCUACCUCAGUGAGUCUAGUGUCAGUGAAGAGGAGGAGCCAGACACUGUGGAGGUCCAGGAGCUGCCUGAGGGCAGUUGGAGCUCAUGGAACCCAGCACAGCGCACUGACAUCUCCGGAACUCCAGAGGGUGCUAUUCACCCCUCCUUACACCUCCUCUUCAUGCCCCAGCAGAUCCCUGCGAAAGACCCGUCAACAACAGCCUACUUCCAGAGCUCCUACCUCAAGAGCUUCUCCCAGGAGUCAGGCUCCUCAGGCCAGACACAGGAUUCCCAGGGAACAGAUAUGACUGUAGACUACAUCUCAACACACGUCCUAGAGGGCAGAGAGGAGAAGGAAGAGGAAGGUCUGGAUGUGAUGGGAUUCUUCUCCUGUCCGCAGAACCCCCUGAGUCCGUUCAUGAACCCUUUGGUGUCUUUCGGAGGGAAGCUGACUCUGGAUGCGGUCAGGAUCGACUGCAGUGAGUUCUUAGACUGAUGGGUUAGACUGAUAGCCAUAUAAAAUAACCCAAGGAGCAGGUUGUGUGAAGACCCUGUGUAAUCUUUGAUUCUCACUAACCAACAAUCAUUAUAAACAGUUAUAUUGCAUUACAGUACAAUAGUACACUAUCUAUCAGAGAUGGGAAACUACAGACCUCGGGGUCCAUAGUGGUGUAACACUUUUUCACCAUAGCAAACACUAAUUGCAUUCUAAACUGAAGAUGAUGAUGAGUUGAUUUUUGGAGUCAGGUGUUAGCUGGGGCAAAAGUGUGACAUCAAUCCGGCCCCCGAGGACUGGAGUUGCCCAUCCUAGAUCUAUGUCUUGGAUAACACAAAAGAUCAAUACAAUACAACUCACCUGUCACAUUUCCCCCAGUUUACAGGGACUGUAAGCAAUGAGCUUUUCUGAAAUAAACCAUGGGAGUUAUGUAAAGUGCACCAUGAGUUCAUAUCUGGAAGUGUAUUUAUUAUUUUCACAAAGAGAUAGUAGUGGAAUAUGCAGGGUCAGCCUUAGCAUAGAGUCCUGGAUCCUUGCAGAGAGUACAGGUGCUCUAUAGUGUCAAUGUAAUAUUGGGGAUUCUUAAAGUUUAAUACAUUUAAUAUGGGGGAUUAUUGUGAUGAGAAAAAAGGAGACUGGAGAUGCUAGUGAGGUUAGAAUGGUAUUUGUUAUUUGGGGUCUUUGAAUCAGUUACAUUUCGUUAUCGACAAAUCAGCCUGCAUCUCAAAUCGACAGUUAAUCAGAGCAGCAAGAAGCAAAAAACACAACCAACCUGCGGUGAGCAAACAGGCAUGUAUUCUGAGAAGAAUAACAGAUAGAUAUUAGGAUACAGAUUACAGAUGGGUCAAUGUAUUUAGCUUUCAAACAUAAUUUACAAUAUUGUUUAACAGUGGUUUGUUAUACACAAAAAGAUAUGUGAACCCUUUAGAAUUAGCUGGAUUUCUGCAUGAAGUCACAGCAAUAGACAAACACAGUCUGCUUAAACUAAUAACACACAAACAAUUAUAAUGUGGAUGUUUUUAAUGAACACACCGUGUAAACGUUCACAGUGCAGGUUGGAAAAAUGAUGUGAACCCUUGGAUUUAAUAACAGGUUGACCCUCCUUUGGCAGCAAUAACCUCAACCAAACGUUUUCUGUAGUUGCGGAUCAGACAUGCACAACAGUGAAGAGGAAUUUUUGACCAUUGCUCUUUACAAAACUGUUUCAGUUUUACAAUAUUCUUGGGAUGUCUGGAGUGAACCGCUCUCUUGAGGUCAUGCCACAGCAUCUCAAUGGGGUUGAGGUCAGGACUGACUGGGCCACUCCAGAAGGCGUAUUUUUUUCUGUUCAAGCCAAUCUGUUGUUGAUUUACUUUUGUAUUUUGGGUAGUUGUCCUGUUGCAUCACCGAACUUCUGUUGAGCUUCAAUUUGCCGACAGACUCCUUCUACUGCAAAAUGUCUUGAUAAACUUGGGAAUACAUUUUUCAGUCGAUGAUAGCAAGCUGUCUAGGCCCUGAGACGGCAUAGCAGUCCCAAACCAUGAUGCUCCCUCCACCAUACUUUACAGUUGGGAUGAGGUUUUGAUGUUGGUGUGCUGUGCCUUUUUAUCUCCACACAUAGUGUUGUGUGUUCGUUCCUUCCAAACAACACAACUUUAGUUUAAUCCGUCCACAGAAUAUUUUGCCAGUAGCGCUGUGGAAUAUCCAGGUGCUCUUUUGAAAACAUCAGACGUGCAGAAAUAUUUUUGGGGGACAGCAGUGGCUUCUUCCAUGGUGUCCUCCCAUGAACACCAUUCUUGUUUAGUGUUUUACGUAUUUUAGACUCGUCAACAGAGAUGUUAGCGUCUUCCAGAGAUUUCUGUAGGUCUUUAGCUGACACUAGGAUUCUUCUUAACCUCAUUGAGCAUUCUGCGCUGUGUACUUGCAGUCUUGCAGGACGGCCACUCUUAGGGAGAGUAGCAAUAGUGCUGAAAUUUCUCAAUUUAUAGACAAUUUGUCUUACUAUGGACUGACUUUUAGAGAUACUUUUGCAACCCUUUCCAGCUUCUGACAUCUUUUGUUCGAGGCAUGGUUCACUUCAGGCAAUGCUUCUUGUGACUAGCAAACUCAAAUUUUGUGAGUGUUUUUUAUGGGGCAGGGCAGCUCAAAUGAAUAUCUCCAAUCUCGUCUCAUUGACUCGACUCCAGGUUAGUUGACUCCUGACUACAAUUAGUUUUUGGAGAAGUCAUUAGCCUAGGGGUUCACAUACUUUUUCCAACCUACACUGUGAAUGUUUAAAUGAUGUAUUCAAUAUGGACGAGACAAAUACCAAAAUGUGUGUGUUAUUAGUUUAAGCAGACUGUGUUUGUCUAUUGUUGUGACUUAGAUGAAGAUCAGAUCAAAUUUUAUGUUACAUUUAUGCAGAAGUCCAGGUAUUUCCAAAGGGUUCACCUACUUUUUCUUGCCACUAUAUAUAAAAUGGAUGUAUUCGUUAGCAACACACACAAGCAUUCACACCAUCAAAUUAAAAUCAAUUGUAUCUUCAGUUCAAGAUCUUUUAAAGACCUUAAUAUCCAAUAAUAAUCUGCAGUAGAGAGUUUAGCGAGAGAAUAUAGCCUAAUAAUGAAAUACAGUUAGGGAAGGUAUAUGGCUCUUUAGUUGAUGUGAAAGUGGUUUAGGUGCAUUGAAGUAAAAUCACUUAAUUUAUGAGUACAUUUAUACAGAGAAAAGAGUAGAAUCAGAGAUGAGAAGAUAAUGAGAACCGCCAGAAACGCCAGAACCGCCAGAAAUACUAUAUUAUUGUUUCAUAUUUACAAUGUGUUACAAUCCGAGUGCCGAGUUCACUAUGUACAUUUACUGAUGUUGGUGUGUCAAAAUAUAUACAGUGGGGCAAAAAAAGUAUUUAGUCAGUUCUCCCACUUAAAAAGAUGAGAGAAUCCUGUAAUUUCUCAUCAUAGGUACACUUCAACUAUGACAGACAAAAUGAGAAAAAAAAUCCAGAAAAUCACAUUGUAGGAUUUUUUAUGAAUUUAUUUGCUACAUAAAAUUACAGGCCUCUCUCAUCUUUUUAAGUGGGAGAACAUGCACAAUUGGUGGCUGACUAAAUACUUUUUUGCCCCACUGUAUAUAUAUAUAUAUAUAUAUAUGUGUGUGUGUGAUACCUGUUAGAUAUUGGGGGCUUCCUGUGAUGUACUUUUGUAUGUCUGAUUGCUGUAUAAGUGAGUUAGCUAGCAUAAUCGAGAUGUAAUGGGCACAUUAGCCCCUGCUAAUACAGUGUUACAGAUUCAUGCUAUCAACAGCCAUCAAUAUAAUCAAGCCGGAGGGGAUGGCUGCUGUUUUAUGGGCUACUGACCAAUUGUGCUAUUUUGUGGGGGGGUUUUCUAUUUUUUUUGUAACUUAUUUUGCACAUAAUGUUUCUGCUACCGUCUCUUACGACCGAAAAGAGCUUCUGGAUAUCAGAACAGCCAUUACUCACCUCGAACGGGAUGAAGAUCUUUUCUUUAAUGAGUCUGAAGUGAAGGAUUUACUGCUUAUGGUAGAUAAAUUACAAGAUUAUGUUAUAAUACUGUUUAUGCAUUGAAUAGCUAUGAUGAAUAAUCUAUUUCAUUGAAUCAUCUAUUUCUGUGGGACUGAGUUGGGCCUCUGGGGCUUGAGCUGAUAAUUUACCUACAACUUGCAUUCCAUAGAUAAGAUGUGGUGGGUGUAACCGAGAUAGAGAGAGCCUGGAGGAGUAGAACAAAACCUCUUAUUGUUCCUAAUCAUCCUGUAAUUUGGAUUUAAACAACACCAGGUGCAGAUAACCACCAAAUGAACCCAAAGCGGCUUGUGAUUCCCCCCAAUCUGCAUGGGAGGGGUGGAACCAGCCAUGACUAAGCAUUCUUAGUGUGAGCUAUAUAAGAACCAGGAUUCCUCUGUAAAGGUUAAGCUCUCGGCAACACACUCAAGAGUGUGGGGUCGACAGUUUCAUUAUUGCUAUAAUUAAUCGAUAUGAAAUAAAGAUGAUUCUUUGAAUAA